AUGUUUCAAAUAAAUUUAAUUUCGGUACUUAAACAUCUUGCUAGUACAUUAUCAACAUUACUUGAUGGUCAAACAAUUUCGAUUUUAAUUGGAACAUUAUGUGAAUUAAUUUGUACUGCUGAUAUACAUACAACUUUUUCAUUUUUUUCAUUAUUUUUCGAAGGUCGUUCAUUAGGAUUAUUAAUUGGUGAUGUAACAGUAUAUGUUCAUUUUUCAAUCUCAGAUAUUCUUUUAAUAAUAAUGAAUUUUAUUCAUACAAAACCAAAACAUUCUAUUCAAGUUGAACAUGAUUUUUUUCAAAUUAUAAAUAUAAUCUAUUUACUUAUUCAUGUUAUUAUAGCAAGUAAAGCCGAUAUGGAAUUUCAUAUGAAUAAUAGACCAUUAAGACUUGAGGGUGAAGUUCAAACAGAAAUUUAUCUUGAACAAUUUUGUAAAUGUUUACCGAUUUUAUUUGAAUAUGAACAAAAAGAUAUUGAAACGAGUUCAUUAUUAGUGACACAUGCAUAUGAAAUAGUUGAACAUUUAUUAUCGAAUCUUGAUGAAUGUUUAUUAUCAAAAUAUUUAAAUCAUGCAUUAGGAAAAGUUAUUAUUUGGUCAAUUCAAGAAAACAAUCGAACUUUACAACAACCAUUUCGGAUAUGUUAUUCUCAUUUGUUGACGUGUGCCGUCGAAAAUUUCCUUUUUCGGAAUUUUAAACACUGCUGA